AUGGGCAAUGCAAUCCAACUGGAUCCUGGCAGUAGCUUUAGUGGUGGACGCCCGGCUCUAGUCGUAACCUCCCAGUCCGUUGGCUUCAUUGCCAACAGUAUCAGUGAGUUCCACCACGACUCGGGUGGCAAUUCUACACUCCUUCCGGCUUAG